AUGGAGCAAAGAUACCUCACAUUGUACAUCACUUCACUUCCAACCGAAUGUCAAUCUCUAUGUACAGUUGCGCAUUCUGGAUUACUCCAACUGCUUUUGCUGUUAUGUGGGACAUCAAGUGAAGCAACGGCUGGUAAUGCUUCUGCGGCUGCGGCUGCUGCUGGUGAUGAUGAUGAUCAUACUGGUGCUGGUGAUGUGGACGGUGAUGUGGACGAUGGGUUUCUGCAUUAUGAUCCAGAUCCCAAUGCCACCACUGUCGCAAUCUCCUUAUGGGAAAGGAGACGUUCAAACACAGGAGCCGGGGUUUCCCGUGCCCAAGACGUGAAACUGCUUGGACACAAGAACGAGUCCCUUCCAAUGGUGACUGUGAAAAUGAACGGUGAGGACAAGCUAGUUGCUCCCAAUCGCAUCUUGACUGCCAGAAUUCAACCCCACAUUGCAAUCAUCAUGUUCUACCUACCAAAGAACGACGAUCGUUCGCCUCCCAUCCAUUAUGUCUUGCAAGCUUUUCAGGAUCACCCAGGGGCGUGGGAGCAUUUCUGCAGAGACUGCAAUGUGCACAUGGUGGCUAAACUACGCGACGAGAACAAUCCAAUGCAGCCACUGAAUUGCAACCAAAUGGGAGGCUUAGCAACAAGAGAAUGGCCGUGCCUAGUGGGAUUCCGUACAAAACAGUGGACUGCCCAGAUUCUUGAAACCUGGGCCAAAAAGGUUGCACACAAGCUCCAAUCUGUUGCACAUAUCAAAUGCCGCUAUCCUCUUCCUUCGGAGUAUGCUGGGGACAUCACUCCGCCAAUCAUCCAAGUGCUCAGCUAUUACCUCACCGUUCAGGAUGUUCUGGAAGCUCUGGAACAGCGGAUCUUUCCAGGCAUGACAUUGGCAAAUACCCUAGAACAGCAAGAUAUGACUGUUUACUUUGACAACGAAUCCCUAGCACUUGCCAGAAGCCACGUGGCAACAGGACGGGGCGGUGCAGCUGCAAAUGGCUUCUAUGAGCCUGACGUUGCACAAAACUACUUCCAUUUAGUCAAAACACUGAUUGUUCCCUGCACCAAAGCGAUGGCAAUCUUUGGCCAUGGCAUAUCUAAAUCAAUGCUGCUGUAUUUCUCAUUGUCCUCUAAAGCCCCAAGCAGAAAAAUCUAA